CUUGGCGGGAGAUGGCGGCUGCAGCUGUGAGAGGCGCCAAGCGGAGCCUGCGGGCCGAGCUGAAGCAGCGUCUGCGGGCGGUGAGCGCGGAGGAGCGGCUGCGCCAGUCCCGCCUGCUGACCCAGAAGGUGAUUGCCCACAGUCAGUAUCAAAAGUCCCAAAGAAUUUCCAUCUUCCUGAGCAUGCAAGAUGAGAUAGAGACAGAAGAGAUCAUCAAAGACAUUUUCCAACGAGGCAAAACCUGUUUUAUCCCUCGGUACCAGUUCCAAAGCAAUCACAUGGAUAUGGUGAAAUUAGCAUCACCUGAGGAAAUUUCUUUACUUCCCAAAACAUCCUGGAAUAUUCAUCAGCCUGGUGAGGGUGAUGUUCGGGAGGAGGCGUUGUCCACAGGGGGACUUGAUCUCAUCUUCGUGCCAGGUCUUGGAUUUGACAAACACGGCAACCGACUGGGCAGGGGCAAGGGCUACUAUGACACCUACCUGAAGCGCUGUUUGCAGCACCAGGAAGUGAAGCCCUAUAUCUUGGCCUUGGCUUUCAAAGAACAGAUUUGCCUCCAGGUCCCAGUGGACGAAAACGACAUGAAGGUAGACGAAAUUCUUUACGAAGACUCCUCAGCAUCUUAAGUCCAGAUGACUACAGCCAAAUCGUCAGUGUUUUGUAGGAGAGGAAAGCAAACUGCAUAUUUUUCCCGUGUUGAAAAGUAGUGGAAAUUACAUAUUACAGUGACUGAGUUUUUAACAUGUAAUUAUACAAUGCCUUACAUAAAACCGUAGAAUAUUAAUUAAAAUGGAAGCUGUCACCAUAUGAUUUUCAGCUUAA